AAACAGAUACCCAAGGAAGCGGCUGACAUUUUUAGUGCCCCCAGUGACAAAGAAGAUUUUCUGGGCUUCCAAGAUGAUGGUUCCAGACAGAGGUUGUUGUCAGAGGAGAGCUAUGCUGGUUUCGAUUCCCUGGAGUCAGGAAAAAAGGGGGUUCGACUUCAGUCCAGAUACCUCACCGAAGAACUGCGGAGGAUUUUCACUGAGGACACUGACUCUGAAACGGAAGCAUUUGAAGGCUUCACUUCAAGUGAGGUGGAUGUGAACAAGAAAGGAGUUCUGGCAAUGGAGUCGGACUUGAAUGAUGAAGAACGCAGUCAUUUUUUGGGUAGUGAGGAAGAAGAGGAGGAAGAGGCUAAGAAGAAAGUUUGCCCCAAGAGAAGAAGCUUUGGCCUUCGUGUUGCCUUGCAGUUUCCCAGCAGAAAGUCGUCUGAGAAAAAAGUGCCUGAACAGGCUUUUUCUGACUUACCUCUAAAGGACAAUGAAUCCCUCACACCUCUUUCAAAAGACAUAAGCUGCAAGCAGUGGGACAAACUACAGGGCUCUGCUUCAGAGUCUGAAGAAGACAUUAAAGAAACCCAAGAGGAAAGUUCCAGUGCUCUACUUAAGAGAUCCAUGAAUAUUAAAGAAAAUAAAGCCAUGCUUGCCCAGUUGCUGGCAGAACUGAAUUCCAUACCCGACCUGUUCCCAGUGAAAACACCCACCUUGACUCCUUCG